UGCAGGUCCGCGGGCGGGGCGGGCGGGCGCGCGCGCGCGGUGCCGCGCGGUCCCGACGGGCCGGAGGAGGAGGGGCGCCGGUGACGCUGCGGGUGCCGCUGCCAGCUCCGGACGGAGUCGGCGGCCGGGCGGAGGACGGGCAGGCCGACCCUCGGACGCAGCCCCGGGCCGAGCCGCGGGCUUCCUGGCGAGGCAGGGCGGCCGCGAGCCCGGGCGGGAAGAUGUUCAACGUGGAGUCCCUGGAGCGGGUGGAGCUGUGCGAGAGCCUCCUCACUUGGAUCCAGACAUUUAAUGUGGAUGCACCAUGCCAGACCGUGGAAGAUUUAACGAAUGGGGUUGUGAUGGCCCAGGUUCUCCAAAAGAUAGAUCCUGCGUAUUUUGAUGAAAAUUGGCUAAACAGAAUUAAAACUGAAGUAGGAGAUAAUUGGAGGCUAAAGAUAAGCAAUUUAAAGAAAAUUUUGAAAGGAAUCCUGGAUUACAAUCAUGAGAUUUUAGGGCAGCAAAUUAAUGACUUUACUCUCCCUGAUGUGAACCUUAUUGGGGAGCAUUCUGAUGCCGCAGAGCUGGGAAGGAUGCUCCAACUCAUUUUAGGCUGUGCUGUGAACUGUGAACAGAAGCAAGAGUACAUCCAAGCCAUCAUGAUGAUGGAGGAAUCAGUGCAACACGUUGUCAUGACAGCCAUCCAGGAGCUGAUGAGUAAAGAGUCUCCUGUCUCUGCUGGGAAUGAUGCCUAUGUUGACCUUGAUCGCCAGCUGAAGAAAACUUCAGAGGAACUGAAUGAAGCUUUGUCGGCCAAGGAAGAAAUUGCUCAAAGGUGCCAUGAGUUGGAUUUGCAGGUUGCAGCAUUGCAAGAGGAGAAAAGUAGUCUGUUGGCAGAGAAUCAGGUAUUAAUGGAAAGGCUGAAUCAGUCUGAUUCUAUAGAAGAUCCUAACAGUCCAGCAGGAAGAAGGCAUCUGCAGCUCCAGACUCAGUUAGAACAGCUCCAAGAAGAAACAUUCAGACUUGAAGCAGCCAAAGAUGACUAUCGAAUACGCUGUGAAGAGUUACAAAAGGAGAUGUCUGAACUUCGGCAGCAGAACGAUGAACUGACCACUUUGGCAGAUGACGCUCAGUCUCUAAAAGAUGAAAUAGACGUUCUUAGACAUUCUUCUGAUAAAGUGUCUAAACUAGAAGGCCAAGUGGAAUCAUAUAAAAAGAAGCUAGAAGAUCUUGGUGAUUUGAGGCGUCAGGUUAAACUCUUAGAAGAGAAGAAUACUAUGUAUAUGCAGAACACAGUUAGCCUAGAGGAGGAGCUGAGAAAAGCCAACGCGGCUCGAAGUCAACUCGAGACGUAUAAGAGACAGGUAGUAGAAUUGCAAAAUAGAUUAUCUGAAGAAUCGAAGAAAGCAGAUAAAUUAGAUUUUGAAUAUAAGCGGCUAAAAGAAAAAGUUGACAGCCUUCAAAAAGAAAAGGAUAGGUUAAGAACAGAAAGGGAUUCUCUGAAGGAAACCAUCGAAGAGCUUCGUUGUGUUCAGGCUCAAGAAGGGCAACUCACAACUCAAGGGUUAAUGCCUCUGGGAAGUCAGGAAUCUUCAGAUAGUCUGGCAGCAGAGAUCGUCACACCUGAAAUCAGGGAGAAACUUAUUCGUCUUCAGCAUGAGAAUAAGAUGUUAAAAAUUAACCAAGAGGGUUCAGACAAUGAAAAAAUCGCCUUAUUGCAGAGCCUUCUAGAUGAUGCCAGCCUACGCAAGAAUGAACUGGAGACAGAGAACAGGCUGGUGAAUCAAAGACUCCUAGAAGUACAGUCACAAGUCGAAGAAUUGCAAAAAUCUUUACAGGAUCAAGGCUCAAAGGCAGAAGAUGCUAUUUCAGUUCUUCUAAAAAAGAAGCUUGAAGAACAUCUAGAGAAGCUGCAUGAGGCCAAUAAUGAGCUGCAGAAGAAGAGAGCCAUCAUCGAGGACCUUGAGCCGAGAUUUAACAACAGCUCCUUAAAAAUUGAAGAAUUACAAGAAGCUUUACGGAAGAAAGAAGAGGAAAUGAAGCAAAUGGAAGAAAGAUAUAAAAAAUACUUAGAGAAAGCCAAAAGUGUUAUCCGUACUUUAGAUCCUAAACAAAAUCAAGGAGCAGCACCAGAAAUACAAGCUCUUAAAAAUCAGCUCCACGAACGGGAUCGGCAAUUCCAUUCAUUGGAGAAAGAAUAUGAGAAAACAAAGAGUCAAAGAGAGAUGGAGGAGAAAUAUAUUGUUAGUGCCUGGUACAAUAUGGGAAUGACUCUGCAUAAAAAGGCGGCAGAAGACAGACUUGCUAGUACAGGUUCGGGGCAGUCAUUCCUGGCGAGGCAGAGACAAGCCACCAGCACGAGAAGGUCUUACCCGGGCCACGUCCAGCCAGCCACAGCAAGCUAGGUGAUGGCUGAGACUAGAGUCAUUCGAAGACUGUUCUCACAUGUGGUACCCAGACUGGCGUGGACAGAGUGCCCAAGAGUGAUCAGGCCGCUCCCCACACAACCUCCCGACGUGGCCAGCUGGACACACACAGUGGAGUCACGGGGGAGAGGGACUUCCUAGAUGCAGCUGGCUUCCCCCAAGCAGGAGUGCUGAGAAACCCUGCGGAAAGCUCCAAAUCUCGUCAGCACCCAGCCUUGGAAACUGCACAGCAUCAGUUCUCUUUUAUUUGUCAGGGUUGUCACAGGUAAGACCAGAUCCAAGGGGCUGACCCUCCACCUCCCAGUGGAGGAAUGACCCACUUACCACAGCUGCAUUGUCUGGAUUCAGAGAGAAGUAACACUUCUGCCAUGAAGAUCAUACUCCUGAAAUCAGGAUAUUUCCCCGUCUUCUAAUCCCUGUGCCAAGCACACCCACAGGGGUACAGAACCACCAAGUACGUAACUACACUGUGAACAAAAGCUGAAAAGUUUGAAGCCGCAAAAACACGCACUUCUUUUAACAGCCACCAGAAAUAUAUGCAUGGAUGUAAAUCCAUAGGGAAAGAACACAGUGAACAACUGAACUAAAUCAGGAUUGGAUGGUCAAAGGGAGUUUUGUCUACUCUGAUCAAAAGGAACUGUCACCUUGGAGUCAUUCUUAACUAUUUUUGGGUCUUGCAUCCUCCAUCCAGUUAAGCUGUCAGCAAAUCCUAUCAGAUUAACCUUCAAAGAACAUCCAGAAUCCAUACACUGUUCAUCACCUCCAACUGAACCGAUACAGUCCAUUGUUUUCUAAAAUUGUUGACCACGACCCACGCCAAAAGGUGAAAGCAACCCAAAUGUUCAUUAUCAAAUGAUUGGAUAAAC